AUGACCGACGCCGAGGCCGACGCACUGCGCGAUCUACGCGACGCCCUGCGCGCCGGCAUCCCCGACGUCGACGACUUUGUCUUCCGCCUGUCGUCGACGCUCAGCGAGCUCGGCCUCUCCCCAAGCGUCGUGGUGAGCUCAAAACCGGAUACCAGGCUGCGCUACCUCCCAAGCGUACAGACGGCACUACUCUCCGUCCUUCCCACCUUCCUCCCCGCCCUCGAUUCUCACGGACGCGCACUACUGGACGCGUUCUUUGUUCCCCCUCCUUCACCAAUCUCCAAUGCCGUCGCGCUCACAACGUACAUGACCUUAUCGUCGUCCCUCGCUGCCUCACCGCCCACACCUCUUGCCCUGGAGAGCCGGGGAUUUGUGCUCGAAACACUGACGAAACUCACUGCGACGUAUGGCAUCGACGCACUCUAUUGGGCAGCCCGCGGCGAGCUUGCUUGGGACGACGCUGUGCGUGCAGCCACUUCUAUCCCUGGCAAGGUCGCGAAUGCUGUUGGGCGGUGGCGCGACGCCGGAUGGACCGGGGACGUACCACCAUCUCUAGUACCCAGGGCGUACUUUGACGCUCUGGUCCGCCGUACCGAGGGACUUGCGUACGAACUCGCUCUUAGUGGCGGAGACGCUGCCCCACUUCGUCCGCUCUUGGAAAAGCUCGCCUUACUUGGCCUCCUCUCACCCCCACCGGAGCAAAGUCCAUCGCCUUCAUUCCUCCCCCCCUUGCUUCCCGGCGCACUCGCUCAUCUCCACCCACCUCCUGGGGCACUCGACGCCUACCCCGCCACAUUCUUCCCUUCCCUCCUCCUCCCCCUCACGUCCUCGACCGUCGCCGCGCUCGCCGACGCGCUCCUCGCCCACCUUCCCUACCGCCUCUCUCCACCCGCACUAGAACCCGACACCCCUGAUCCCCGUGUGCGCCGCGCCGCUUCCGUCUUGGGGAGUUUCCUCGGCCCGGCUGAUGACGAGGCGCAGGCUCCGGUCGUGUACGCCCUCCUGCACGGAAAGUUGCGCUCUAUUCUCAGCGACGAGGUGCAACAUGCCCGCCGGCGAAUGGUCGUUGCGUGGGCUGGCUCUGCGGGGUCAGAUGCGUCACGGGCGCUCGUGGACUCCACAAUGGACGCAUGGGCCGACCCGAAGGGGAUCAAGUUUGGCCUGUUCGGAGCGCAGUUCAACCUCACACACACAUUACUCCUGGCUAUCUCACUGCUACAGCCACUCGACCCACAUCUCGUUGCGCUGUCGAGACGCGCCAAGUUUAUCCAGGCUGUCCAGGCGUACCUCUUCCACCCCGACGCCCAGAUCCGACGGCUGGGAAUGCUCGUCGCGGAGGUCGUCAGUGAUAGGACGAUCGUGGAGGAUGACGGCGCUAGGCCAACUGCUGAGGAGGAUAUGGACGACUUGCGGGCAGGGCUCGAGGUUGACGACGAAACGGGCGAGCCGGCCCUCAAGGGGCCCCAGUCAUCUCGAGGGGCGAAGAAGCUCCGGUUCACCGGCAUCUGGGAAGGUACCGGGCAAGGACAAGAGGAGUGUGCAUGGCUCCGUCGCUGUGUUGGUGUGCGCGACGGUGACGCACCAGUAGGCGACGACCCAGAGGCUUGGCUGCUGGGGUGGGGCGCUGAGCCAGCCGAGGUCCCAGCACCGCAUCCACCGAAUGAACCGCUAUCGCCGAAGGCGAAGCGCGGACGCUCCUCCAUCCCAAAGACGGGACCAAAGGUCAAGCCCAAGAUCGUCAUGCUCGACGAUGACCAGGCCGCCGACCCGCUCGAGGGAUACGCUUCGCCUGCUUCCUCUUCCCGCUCGCCAUCCCCCACGCCCUCCUUCCUCGAGGAGGUUGCAGCCGACCCCAGCCUUGCGAUUGACGCAACGAAGAAGCGCAAACUCAAGCGACCCGUGUAUGUGCGGCAGCUGACCGAACUGCUGCGCGAAAAGGACAAGCCCGAGUCGAUCGAACUCGCGCUCCAAUGGGGUGAGGGGCUCGUCCGCGCCAAGCGUGGGUUUGGCACCGAGGUCGUGGACAACGCGGUGGCUGUCACGGCUUCAGCUUUGGCCCUUUCAAACCCGUUCAACCUGGACGACUUUGAACCGAGACGCCAGGGCCUCGUGACGGCCCUCGUGGCGUGCUCGCCGCACAAUGUGCCUCCCUUCCUCGCCGAACAGUACUUCUCUGCAAGCUACUCGCUCCUCCAGAAGUCGGUUAUGCUGACUGCGCUAGCGAUGGGCGCACGCGAGCUUGCGGGCCUUCCAGUGCCAGACACUCCACGAACGCGCGCCAUCGACUUCGCCUCCAAGACCCUCCCUCCCGCCCUGCACGACAAAUACAUCACGACAGCGGACUAUACGUACGCUGGCCAGCUUGAGGACGCUGUCAGCGGCAUGCGUAACCUGCUACUGUCGAAGAGCGCGAAGAAGGGCGAGGAGACGGUACCUGAGCUGGCGCGCGAAAAGCGCCUCCGCGUCGCGUCCAAGCGACAGAAGUUGGCCGGUGGGAGCGUGGUCGCCGCUCGUGGCGAACCACUACAGGAACAUACCGGCGACGCUGCCCCGCCGGUGGUGUCCUACAGCACCGUCGCGGCCGAAUACUUCGUCCUGCCCCUGAUAAAUCGCUUCUGGGACUAUUUCCAGGACGCGAGCGUGCGCGAGACCCGCGCUAUCUCUACAGGCGGCCGCUUCCGCGGUGCGGGUACAGGCAUGGUCCUCUCCCCGCUCAGCCUAGAGAAAUAUCUCGCAACCAUCGCUCUGCUGGUACAUGCAGCUCGGUACGCUCCAGCAUUCCUUGCCGUCCUGGCCCCUAGUGCAGUCGAGCUUGCCGUGACCAUCGGCGCGCGGCAACCUGCAGCCCCUCAGAACCAAAUCAUGAUGUCUGACAGCGGUGAGCAGGCUCCAGAGGCUCAAGUAGUUGGUGCUGCGCUAGAGUUGGCUCUCGCGGCCCUAGACACGGCAGUUGAACUCGACGGCGGGCGUACAAUGGCAUUUGACCAUCCCGAGCUCGUCCUCGCCACCGGCGAAUGGGCAAGCGCCGUAUUCGAGGCCCACAGCGACAGCGUCGCGGGUAUGGGAAGCAGGGAUGCCCGCCUGCGCGCAGCAGCGGCAGGCGUUGUGGUCAAGGUUUCCGAGGUCGGGGAGAAGUGGGGCGGCGGAGCUAUGGGGAGGUGA